UAUUAAUUUGUCACAAUGGGCAAAACGUCCAAGGAUAAACGAGACAUAUAUUAUCGGUUGGCCAAAGAAGAUGGUUGGAGAGCGAGAAGCGCUUUCAAAUUGUUACAAAUCAACGAAGAACACAAUAUAUUCGACGGCGUGUUACGCGCUGUGGACCUCUGUGCCGCGCCUGGUAGUUGGAGUCAAGUAUUAACGAAGAAAUUGCGGCAAAAUACUACGAAUUAUAAUGAUGUUAAAAUUGUGGCCGUCGACCUACAAGCAAUGGCUGCGCUUCCAGGUGUGAAGCAAAUACAAGGAGACAUUACUAAGGUAUCAACAGCGAACGAAAUAAUAAAGGAAUUUGAAGGUUUGAAGGCUGAUUUGGUUGUAUGCGAUGGAGCCCCAGACGUCACAGGUUUACACGACAUUGAUGAAUACGUCCAAUCACAGCUACUCCUAGCAGCAUUGAAUAUCACAACACAUGUUCUUAAGAACGGUGGUGUGUUUGUCGCUAAGAUAUUCAGAGGUAAAGAUGUGACACUAUUGUAUUCACAACUGAAACAAUUCUUUGAAUAUGUAACUGUUUCUAAACCAAGAAGCUCAAGAAACUCUAGUAUAGAGGCAUUUGUCGUAUGCCAGAACUACAUGCCUCCUGAAGGAUAUACACCUACAAUGGUCAAUCCUUUACUAGACCAUAAAUAUUGUGACUUUAAUCAAUUUACGGGUCCUAAUAGAUACAUAGUCCCCUUCAAUGCUUGUGGAGAUUUAAGUGCAUAUGAUUCUGAUACAUCAUAUCCAUUGUUAUUGGAAGGACAAACAAGCUAUGAAUAUAAAGAACCAGUCCAAGGCCCAAUCAAUCCCCCUUACAAAGAAAUACUGGACAAAACUAAAAAUAUACAAUUGAAAAAUAGUUAAAGAGAAAUAAACUACAUAUGGGUACUCUAGCAAUGAGGCGGCCAAUCGGACAUACUGUGUUUUGUAUUUUUAUGUUUCCUGUAAAUUAUUAGUGUGUGCAAUAGAGUAUACUUAUCUUAGUUUUCUUUUUGAUUUUGUAAUAAAUUCAUCCAUGUACCUCACCUUUAUUAUAAUUAUUGUAAACUACAUAUCUUUAUAUACUGCUACUUUGCAUAUUUUAAAUAUCUUUUGGAUAUACGACUAUUACAACUUUAUACACAAAUCCUAGUGAAAAAGAGUAAUAAGACAUCAGUGUCAUAUUGAUAUAUUAUUAUGUUAGCCUUACAAAUAGAAACACAUUUAGAACAAAGAUGUUCAAUGCCCACCACCACAAAAAGUAAUUGACAA